UUCGGGGUUGGCUUGACCGACUACUUCCUCAACUAAAGAGAGAUCACCUGCCCUCCAAAUAAACAGCCCAGCAUGUCUUCCAAAACGGUGACUGUAGCCCUCGCGAUGGAAAAGGCGAAAGGAAAUUACGUUGGUCCGGCACUUGUCAGUUUUCCAGACGUUCAACCGGAUCCAUCAACCACCCAAUUCCAGUUAUACAGCCAUAGAUCGAAUGAGAAAUCGCCUGCUCUACUACUAGGCCAGACAAACGAGCUAGAGUUCCGAUCAGAGAACCAAGCCGACCAAUCCAACUGUAGUUACAUGCUAGGAUUACAUGUAGCCAGUGCGGGUAGACUGACGUUAUUCCCUACCCAACUAUACCAAUUACGACCGGUCGUCAAACGAUUGAGGGACGUGGAUGACAACCGACUCACAGAACAAGCCACGGAUAAUUACGAGGCCAGACGGACACUGGGGACGACGUUUGGGACGAAGAAAGCGCGUCGAGCGCUCCAAGCUGCCGCCAGAAAUAAAGUAGAUCCGGAGACGAUGACGCAUCUUGAGGGCCAGAUCAGCGCGGCGAUCGCCGAAAACUCCUCCUGUCUACCCUCCGCCACCGUCCAAGCCCAAGAAGUUGACGCCAAUCGACCAAUCCCUCCUUACAACAUCAACGCCGCCAAUCCUAAAGACGUCUACUUACUCUCCGACGUCGUCACCAAUCUCGAACUCAACUCGAUCCCAAUGGGGCCCAUCCUCAACGCGCGAACCGCUGAAGACGCCGCCCGUUGCUUACCUACAUCUCACUCCCAAUUCGUCAAUAGCCGAUUAAACGCGUUAUGGAAACGAUGUCCGGAUGGAAAGUUAGACAAGAAAGAGACCAAACGAUUACGGAUCCUGAUCUAUAUCAGCUAUUUGAUCGCCAUCAGACGAUUACACAAAUUCUCACGGGACAGCAUUUCCAACAAAUUGGCAAUCGAUCAAGAUUCGACCACCCCAGAUUCGAUCAUCGAUGGGAUCUUGAAUCGGUUUACUGAACCUGUCAAAACUUCCGAUGGUUCCUUGAAACACAAUCUCACCUCGUUCUCCAAAAUCAAAUUAUACUCUUAUAUCGCUGUGUUGUGUUUGAUUCAUGAUGAAUAUAUGACUCGGGUUUCAGGCCUAUCAGACGACCUACAAGAGCCAACGAAAAGUAUCAAUGAUAUCUUCUUGAAUUUAGGAUGCAAGAUGAGCAAGCUAACGGUUCCGGAAUUCGAGGCCUUGGAAGAAGGCCCAGCAAGCAAAGAUGCCAAGGAGUUCAACGCCCAACGGACGAUCGCGAAGCUUGUUGUGCCUCUCGUCUUCCCUCCUCCUAAGAUCAGAAAACGAAAGAAUAAGGCCGUUUGAUCAAGUUGUGAUCAUACAUCCUUCUAGAAUCGUUUUCUCUCCUUUUUGCUUUCUUUCUUUUUUAAUUUAGUUGACUCUCCAUAUCUUGAUUGUUCAAUAUAAGAUCCUGAUCACCCCUAAACUCAAUAGAUAGAGCACAAUUUAUUGAUUACCAUGGAUAUCUAUGAAUUCAAAAUGAUUGACGUCCAAGAGAAAAACUGACGUUAUCUUGGGAUACAUGAC